AAAUAAGAUAGCACUUGAUCUAAGAGAGUCAGUGAGUUAUUAGUUAGGAAGAGCUAAGCAUAGACAUGGCUUUGGUGCAGAUACAGGAGAUCCCUAGGUGGAAGAAGCUGUUGAGCUACGUAGGACCUGGUUUUUUGGUCUCGGUCGCCUAUCUCGAUCCCGGAAACUUGGUGACAGAUUUACAAGCUGGGGCUGACCAUAAAUAUGAGUUGCUGUGGAUUGUGCUUGUUGGGCUGAUCUUCGCACUUAUAAUCCAAUCUCGUUCUGCAAAUCUUGGAGUAGCUACAGGGAAGCACCUCUCGGAGCACUGCAGGACCGAGUACCCGUACCCGAUAAAUUACUGCCUCUGGAUACUUGCUGAGAUUGCGGUGAUAGCUGCAGACAUCCCAGAAGUGAUAGGCACAUCUUUUGCUCUCAACAUGCUCUUCAAGAUACCCAUAUGGUGUGGGGUGCUCCUCACUGGAUUGAGUACUCUCUUCCUCCUUGGAGUGCAACGAUACGGUAUAAGGAAGCUGGAGGUUGCAAUAGCUACUCUGGUAUUGAUUGUGGGUGGCUGCUUCUGCAGUGUGAUGGUACAGGCCAGUCCUAAUGCAGAGGAGAUCUUUACCGGAAUGUUCCUUCCCAAAUUGACCGGCAAAAGGGCCACCGGAGAUGCAAUAGCUCUUAUAGGAGCUCUUAUCAUGCCGCAUAACCUCUUUCUUCAUUCAGCAUUAGUCUUCUCCAGAAAAAUCCCUCAAACCCAUGAUGGCAUAAAGAGUGCAUGCAAGUAUUUCUUCAUAGAAAGCGGGAUAGCAUUGUUCAUCGCAUUCCUCAUCAAUGUGUCGGUGGUAUCUGUCACUGGUAGUGUGUGCUCGAAUCCAAAUCUCUCCCCACAAGCCAAGGCUCACUGUAAGAGUAUCACUCUCGACUCAGCCGCUUUCUUGCUUAAGAAUGCUCUCGGAAACUGGAGUUCAAAGCUCUAUGCCAUAUCUUUGCUUGCAUCCGGUCAGAGUUCAACUGUUACCGGGACUUAUGCUGGCCAGUACAUAAUGGAGGGUUUUCUAGAUCUGAAAAUGAAGCUUUGGGUCAGAAAUUUACUUACUAGGUGCAUUGCCAUUGCUCCAAGCUUAGUAACCUGCAUUAUCGGUGGAUCAUCGGAAGCCUCAAAGCUUGUCAUCAUUGCUUCUAUGAUCUUGUCAUUUGAGCUACCAUUUGCAAUGGUUCCUCUCCUCAGGUUUACAAGCAGUGAAGCCAAAAUGGGUCCCCACAAGAACUCUAUAUCGGUGACUAUAGUCUCAUGGCUCUUGGGGAUCUGUUCGAUUGGGAUCAACCUAUAUUUCUUAAGUACGACAGUGGUGGGAUGGAUGACCAAUAACCAGAGGUCCAAGGCUGCAUCGAUCCUGAUUGGGGUUCUUGUUUUUCCAAUAAUGAUGCUUUAUGUUGCAAUGUUGGCCUACUUGACAUUGAAAACAGAAACACCUGCUACGGGGUCCCCAAAUUUGGAGAUGAACUCUGCUAGGACCGAUGAAAUAGGAGUUGAGAGGGAAUCAGAGUUAAGUAGCAUCCGUAGCACCCAUGAGAUUGAGGUGGGUGCUACUGUUCGUAUGUGAACAUUAUGACUCUAGAUCUCAUAGCUAAGUAACGGGGUCCCCGAAUUUGGAGAUGAACUCUGCUAGGACAGAUGAAAUAGGAGUUGAGAGGGAAUCAGAGUUAAGUAGCAUCCGUAGUGCCCAUGAUGUGAACAGUAUGACUCUAGAUCUCAUAGCUAAGUAAAAAAUCGUUCUAGAUCUCAAAUGGAUUUGAGACGAAAUUAGAGUUCAGAAUGUACACAAGAAAUGCUAGAUCUUAAGCUAUGUAAGAGGUUGCGCUUUUCUUUUUGUUUA